CUGAGCUCUCUUCUUUGGGUGGAGAGGAAUCAGUGUUUGAGGAUAUCGAAGGAACAACGCAAUAAGAAUAGGACUGGCGAUAAACCCCUCGAGAUGUGACACUGCAAGUUUAUUUCUUACGCUUUCCGUGGUUGGAAGUAAACGCUGGAAGAAUGUUUCUGAUACGACUUUAAAAGGGGCCAUACAAUUACGUUCGACGUAAUGUGUUUAACAGGAACAAAUUUAGAUAACAGUUAAGACCGGCGUUAAACCUCAGCAUAGUGAUACUGCAAGUGUUUUUCUUACGCUUUCCGCGAAAGGAAAGAAGGCACCGGAAAAAAAGCUGGAAGCACGCUUUAAGAAGGAUGUUGAAGGUGGGCAGACGGAUACGAUCGACAUAGGAAACAUCAAGUUACCUUCCGAAGCUGACACUAUAGAACUGCGCAAGUGUAAGCCAGAUGACAAAGAUGACUGGUUUAUUAACACAGUUAGAGUUGAGAAUAUGCAAACUGAAUGGAGUAGGGAAUUUGCAGUUUUUCGUAGAAUAACGUCGAAUGAAGCAUGCAUCAGUUUUUCGCAUCAUUCACGAUUAUGACACCUACCUACCAAAUGACGAGAUCUAUGAAAACCUCCCAGAGAGGUUUGAACAAAGACAGCGCGAAUUAAGGGAAGCGAAGCAGGAUUAUGUGUAUAAAUAUGAAGAUGAGCUGCCGGUUGUUGUGAGGAAAUUACCUUCCAAGGAAAGAUUUCUUUACAAGUUUUUCCUAGAAGUAGUGCCUGUUUUUAGUCAAGUUUUUCCCUACUGCAGUCCUUAGCAGACAGUGGGGAAAAACCAUUGAGGGCUUAAAGAAACUGUUUUGGUUAACAACACCGCCAAGCGAUUUAGACAGAUGGAUGAGCGACGAGAAAUUUGGUAUGCAACGCCUUCAAGGCGUUAAUAGCGCCAUUAUUUGUCUGGUGAGGAAUAUGGACCAAUUUAAAAAUAUUAAAGUAGAUGAAAAUGACGUGGUACUUGCUUCGGAGAAGCUCACAUUCAAAGAGGCAGUCGCUGCAAACCGACUUUUCAUCGUGGACCACAGAAUUCUCAAAGACUGCCCGACGAGCGACGGCAUCAUUCUUUGUUCGCCAAUAGCUCUUUUUGUCCGUAAUGAAGAUGAUAAGAUCAUGCCGGUGGCGAUUCAGCUUUUCCAGGGUAAAACAGAAAAUAAUCCAGUGUUUUUCCCGAAUGAUGACGAAAUAACCUGGCCAUUGGUCAAGAUGUGGUUCAACAACGCCGACGCUCAAGUGCACCAAUCAAUAUCCCAUCUUGGGUAUACGCAUCUGAUCAUGGAAGGGUUUGCAGUCGCUGCACACCGUCAUUUAUCCACUUCUCAUCCGAUAUUCAAACUACUGGCUCCCCAUUUUCUUGACAUGAUGGCGAUAAAUAAGCAGGGCUUAAACUUGUUGCUUGGAGAAGGAAGAGUGUUUGAUCAAGUAAUAUCGUCAGGUGGAGAUGGCAGUAAACACCUUAUAGCUAAAUACAAGGAAAAAUGGGAAAUGGACAUCAAAGGAACGCUUCCGAAAGAUUUGGAAACUCGUGGGGUAAAGGACAAACAUGUAAUAUCCUGUUAUCCGUUCAGAGACGAUGCUUUGCUCACGUACGACGUUAUCAACCAGUAUGUGCGAGACUACGUCAAUCUGUACUACAAAGAUGACGAUGUCUUAAGUAGAGAUGGCGAGGUACAGGCGUGGCGACGGGAUAUGGACCUUUCCGUAACAUAUGGUGGACUCGGGGUGACAGGUGUCCCAGGAUCUGACGGAAAAUUCCAAACCAAAGAACAAUUGACUCUUGUUUUGACAAGUACCAUUUACACAUGUAACGUCGGGCAUGCGGCUGUAAACUUUAAACAGUACGACGAGUACGCCUUCCCCUUGAACUACCCGUCGAAACUGAUGGGAAAGCCUCCUACAGACAAGAGAGAGCGUCAUGUCUGCGACAUUCUAUCAAUUCUUCCUCCGAAAUCUACGCAUCACAAACUUAUGACAGUAGCAAUGUUUUUGAGUAAACGCUCAACGAAAGGUCUUGGGGAUUUCGAAGAAGCCUACAUUCAAGACCCCAAUGCUUUGAAAUUAGUCGAAAAGUUUCAGAACAAACUCAAAGAGUUGUCUGCAAGAAUCGAGGACAGAAAUAGCACAUUACCUGAAGAAUUGAAAUACCUUUAUCUGGAUCCCAAACACAUACCUAACCCCAUCAGCAUAUAAACUCCAUGACAGAAAUACACCUGGCCGUUAUUUGAACUCGUUUGUGUGUUUGUGUUGCCCUAGUUGUAGAUUUUUCGAACAAAGGUGUCAUAAAAAUGAGAGGUUUAUCACAAAAUGAGUAUCAAUUUUAAGGAAAAAUACUUUGUACAAAUACGUGUUUAAAAUGAAGUUUAUUGUUUAGGUGUUCUAUUUUUAUCUAACCUUAGUUCAUUUGAACAUCUGCUUGUAUCUGUAAUUCUCGGAAGGAACAACACCUGACCAGUCUUUUGUUCUCCUUCAAACUGACAAUUUAAACAUUAAGCUUAAUUUUAACCUUUUUUUCAAUAUAUUCUUCUAUAUUCAAAUUGGGUGUUACAAUUAGUUUGUAUAUUUUUGUUUUAGUCAAUGUACAAAAUGACUUUGAUUUGUCCGUGUAUCGUCUCUCAGCAGCCAAUCUAAUUAUUUUUUUUGAUUUGGUACAAAGUAGCCAAUUUUUUCAUUUAACAAAUACAACCAAUGUUAAUGUGUACAGUGGCGUUAUAUUAUCGAAGAGUGAUGCACUUGGCAGCAUCUUUUAAAUGUAGGCUAAAUGUUAUUAUAAGCUUACACUUGUUUAAUGCUUUGUUGUAUCUCAUAAUAUACAAUCAUCAGCGUGGAUUAUUUCUGUAAUAUAUCAUUGUUUUUGUCCAUUUGUUUUGAUAUGCUGAUGUAAAAUCGAUAUAAUUUAUAUAAUUGUGCUCUGAAAAUCAGUGUACAAAAUGGCUUCAGGUUGCCUGUGUAUUGUGAUUUUGUAUUUGAGUGUAAGUGUGAUGUAAUCGCUAACUCUUUCGAAAGGUAUCCAACACACUACACUUAUUAAAUAUAUAUUAUUAUGAGUAAUGUUCUUCUAUAUUUAAUUGGAUGAUUGCAGAAUUUUUGUGUUAUAUUGUAUAAUCAGAAUCAUUACCAUUUAUGAGAAAUCUUUGAAAAUGAUUUUUAUUUGUUCACGUUUUGUAAAGACUUUUUAAAAGUGCGUAUGACCUGCGUCAUUGUUUUAACAAAUAUAGAUUCAAUAAAAUCGAUAUAAAAAUGAGGAUAAUAUUACUACACAUAUGAUAGUACGCACCAUUUUUUGUUUGUUUUACAUUUUAUCUAGUAUAUACCACUUAAUGAUAUAUUGUUAUAUUCUGAAUAGUAUGUAUACUCAUUUUUAAGUUGUUUUUGUUUUAAUUUGAAUUAUUCCUAAUAACAUGAACUAUAUCAUUAACGUAAUCGAGACUUACUAAUAUCUUUGCCCUUUUAUGCAGUAUCUGAACCAAGCGGUUUAAAAGGCAGAAUUCAAUCUUGCAAAUGUUUGUUUUUAAGGAAGAAGAUUUUCAUACAGAAUAUUAACUAAUACACUUGGUUUUAGGGGAAGAAUUUAGAUAAACAAGGCAGUAUUUUAAAAAAGCCGGUUUAAUGAUAUAAUUCGAACUAAACCGCAAAUUCAAAGACAGAAAUGUUAGUCUACCAACAUUAUAAUACAAUCUUUUGUUUAAAUUUUCAUCACACGAGGUCUAAUUCGUAGUAUCUGUUUAUUAACAGAUAUAUCUUACUAAAUUGUUUUUGAACUCUAAGUAUUAAUGUUCAUCUUAAUAUUUCUUGGACCUGAUUAUACAUAAAAAUAGUCACAGACUAUCUUCAAACUAAUAUGACAUUUCAAACAUUAGUAAUUAUGUUUUAUCUGAAGAACGGUUUGCAAUUGUUGAUAAGAAUGUCUUAAUAAAAGCUUAUUUUUUUAUUAACGGAUUGAAUACUUAUAUUUU